AUGCACAACGUGCUUUUUAUAAAAAGCAGCAGCACGCACCAUGGGGCCAAGUUGCAGCAGGCCGAAUCGCCAGCUGCCAUCAGUAGUGCGGGAGAGCCGCUGUCGUCGAGACUGUCCCCGACUCUGUACGGCCAAAAGAAGAACCGCGACUCAGUUCGAAAGCUACUCGGUCACUAA